GUUACCUAUUAACUUAUGAAAGUAACUAAAGAGGUUAACAUUUAUCAGCAGAUUUUACGUAAGAAUUGGUCAGUUUUGGUCAGUUUUGUCAUGCGCUGUCUGAAUGGAUUGUAUAAAAGAACGACACAAUCAGUGGCAAGUAUUGUUUCUUUUGACCGACAAUCUACAAAGCAAGACAUCAUGAAAUUUGCCCUUUGUCUCCUGGUAGUUUUGCCUUUGGCUUUGAGCGUUCCUGUCAAUGUUGACGAAAAACGAUUUAUCUUCGGACACAUUCAAUUGCCAUCAGUUCAUGACCUUGGGCAAAAGAUUAUCAGUUUGCUCGGAUCCGACACCUCAGAAGCUGCAUGUGAAGCCGCCUGCCCAACUGCACUGAAUGCUUUAGUCCCAGGAGCCAGCUUGAUCGGAGGAAGCCUGUGCGGUCCAGCUUGUCAUUGGGUACAGAGUCAAAUUAAUGGUUAAAACAUGAUGUAUUGCGUUAGUAUUAAACAUUAAAAAAAAAGAUUUACAUUAACUUUGUUUGAUUUUUCAAAACUUGUUUCGUAGCGUGAAACAAGUAGAAAAUUAAAGCUAAACAACUAU